UGAACGGUACAUACAUUAUAGAUUACAUACAUGAUAAGAGAAUUUUAUAAUUGUCACUAAAUUGCGCAUUUUAAUAACAACGUUAAUUUGAUUUAUAUAAGAGAAGACACUAUGUUUCAUCUUGGUAUCAUUGUGGUACUAUGGUCGGCGAUGACGUGUUCCUUUGGGUUCACAAUGGAUCGUUCAGCGCUUAUGCAACCCAUGUGGGACAUGGCACCGUCUUUGGACGCUUAUCAAAGAGCCAGCUCCGCGUUGAACGGCGUAGUUUCCGGUAGCAACUUCUCUAUUCCGUUCUUUCCUGAAAAUGAAUUUGAUAUAUCUAAUGAUAGCGACGUAAAGUUAGAACUGCAGAAGAACAAACAUGAUUUUAACGAUGCCUGGCAAAUCAUCGAUCUGAGCGAUCGAGCAAAAUCUGUCCCUUCUUUGGUUACAGAUGAUCCUAAAAUAGAAGUGGUGAAUUAUGGUAGUACAUGGGAUGUUUUUGAUAUGUUCUCCAAAAUUAGAAUGGCAAUCUUCCGAUCUCUGCUCGAAUUGUUGGAGAGAAACCGUGAUACAUCCCAAGACGAUUUUUCAUUGCACAGAUCGUUUCCUCCUAAGCCAACUAUAACUAAUUUAAUCGAAAAAACUAUCAAGAAACUCAAAUCUAUUUCAAACAAUAAUGGUUACAUGUUGGUCGCUAUCGUGCCGAGAAGCGAACAAGCUGUCAUUGUCGAUCUUAUACAACGUGAAGUAAUUCUUACUCCGAAGGAUACUCUCUUAGUUAUGACGCAAAUCUGUGCCGGAAACAAGACAUUUGUACCGUUUGUCGCACAAGGAUCGAAUAAUGAAAUCCUCCGAGAAGUAACGACGAUCGAGGAACUUCUGAUCACGAUUAAGAAAAUGAUCAUGAACAAUUGCCACGAGCCAGAAUGCGCGAAUCAACAGAAACGCGAUAUUCCAAUCGUCUCGCACUUGCCGAUCGAAAUUUUCUCGCAAAAACUGCCAACAUGGAAACGAAUUAUCAGAGACAAAGAUGCCGUUAAAAAACUGGAAAUGAAUAAAUUGACCGACAUUAAUGAUACUGUAAGCACCGUAAAGACAACAAUUAUUGAGAAAGAGAAACAAGCCUGAAGCUCAACUUCCAAGACAAUGCCAUGGCCUGAUUACAACACUCAGUCGUGACCUUCGAUCGUUGCCAUGACCGUCUGGACGUCUUUAUAAAGAGACAAUUUUUUUUAUAUUUUUCCUUAUCCUUUUCCUUAUCCUUUUUCACAUUUAUAUUUACGAAAUUAUAUACAUAAAAAGCGCCAAUCUUCUAUUAAGAAUACCACACAAUUGAUAACUUUGAUAAUCUUUUCU